AUGGAUAUUUCCUUACAAGUGGGAAUCUCCUACUUCUUACUGCUUCUUGUUUUCAUCGUAGUAGGGCAUGGAGAAGGCCAAAAUGAGUGUUCUGAAUUACGGUGUGGACUCCACGGCCCAGUCGUCCGAUUUCCUUUCAGACUCGAAAACAUGCAGCAAGAUCACUGUGGUUUGCCUGGGUUCAAUCUUUCCUGCACUCAUACAAACCAUACACUGCUCGAGCUGCCCGUUUCAGUAUAUCUCUUUGUUAAAAAGAUUGACUACAAAUCUCAGGUAAUUCAUGUAUACGACCCAUAUCAUUGCUUCCCAGGACUGCUUGAUCGAUUCAAUUUAUCUUCCUCGCCUUUUCAUUUCAACCAAGACGGUAGUAGUGGCUAUUCCUUAUUCUCUUGUACCCCAGAAAUAAAUAACAGUAGAUUCCACCGGAUCUCCUGUCUUAGUACUGGCCCUCGCACCCAAGUUUAUGCCACCGAUCUUUAUGGUGAUCACCUCACCUACGUAGUCUCUGACUCGUCAGCCUGUAGAAAGAUGUACGGUGUUCAAUCAAUUCCAUAUAAAAUAAUGGUCGGAGAUGAUAAAGUUUUUGAAAUGAAGUGGAACAGUACUCCAGCAUGCAAAGACCGUGAAGUGAAAGGGAAGAAUUGUAGAUUGAAGAACAUGGGCAAUGGCUCAGAAACUGAGUGCUUCCAGCCUGGGCCUAGACAACGACCUAAACACACCAGAGGUGUUAUCUUUGGUUCAUUUCUAUUAGUACUUGCGGUCUUUGCAUUCUACUAUAUCUACAGGUAUGAUAAAGUAGAAAAGGCAAAUCAAGCAAACAUCCAAAAGUUUUUGGAGGAUUACAAAAAUUUUAAACCCACAAGGUAUUUGUAUGCUGAUAUUAAAAGGAUUACGAGCCAAUUUGCUGAUAAGCUAGGUGAAGGAGCUUACGGAACGGUGUUUAAAGGAAAGCUUUCCAAUGAAAUCUAUGUUGCGGUGAAAAUACUAAACAUGCCCAAGAAAAAUGGGGAAUAA